AUGGAAGAACAUGAAGUCAGAUUUAUGAAACUAGAGCAAAGCGAUAAAGAAAAAACUGACCUUAUUGCUAAACUAGAACAUGAUAUUGAGGAAAUUAGAAAACAAACUCAAGUCAUUGCUAACUUACAGAAUAAAUCUAAGAAAAAUCGUAAAUUUCAGGAGAGAUGCAUUUUAAUAACCCAGAUACUGCUUGGCGAGGAACCUGUGGUUGAAUAUCAGCCCUCUUUCAUGCAAGGAUUAGAAUUUGGUGCCUUCUUUCAAAAAUACCAAAUUGCAUUAGAAGUACAAGGGGCUCAACAUCGGCUUCAUCACACUAGCUGGUAUAAAGAUGUCAAAAAACUUGAGGAUGUUGUUAAUCGUGAUCGGUUAAAAAGAUGCAUAUGUCAAGAUAAUGGAAUUUUUAUUCUCGAGGUAUGGUAUGACGAAAAACCUGAGGAUGUUGUUAAUCGUGAUUGGUUAAAAAGAUGCAUAUGUCAAGAUAAUGGAAUUUUUCUUCUCGACGAAAAACCUGAAAUUGUUAUUCCGGAAAGGAUACAAAAAAUUAAGGGUUUCGUUAAUCAAACGUUUAGAACUUUCGACCUAUAA